UGAAAAGGGGAGAAAGAAAAAAAUAUUUAUUUCCUACGAAAGGGAAAUUACUACGGCGGUAUAAGUAAAGCCGUGAUAUAAGAUAAGACAGAUUACAAAAAGACGGAGAAAGCGUGAAAUAAGAAACGAGGGAUCCUAAAGUAGGAUUUUGUGUGCUGUGAUUGGAGAAGAAGGGAAAAAAAGGUGCGAAGGUGGAGGAAGAGGAGGAGGAGGAGGAAGGAGGUGUGGAGGUGGUGCGGAUGAUAGAAAGAUAGAAAAGAAGAAAGGAAGGAAGGAACGAAAGAAAGUUCGCGAAAAUCUUCAAAGAUUUCGCGAAGUUUCAUACACGUACACGCAGAGAAAGAGAGAGAGAGAGACUCUCUCUCGAUCGAGAUAUAACGUUUACUCGUCUUAACGUCCUUUUUUUUCUCGAUCAUCGCCAGGAUCAUAGUCACGUCUGAAAAAUCUAGUAAAACUCUAGAAAGAGUGAAAGAUAGAGACAUAGAUAAGAUAGAUAGAUAGAUAGAUAGAUAGAUAGAUAGGCAGACAGAGAACGGUGUGUGGUGGCGUCGAGGCAGAAUCGACGUGGCGGUGGCGGCGACGGCGCCAUUUUGUGGAUAUUCUCGCGUGCAGAAGCGGCAACGGCAGUCUCUUCGGUACUAUCAAGAGUAUCGUCAAGAAUAUAUCCGAAGGAAAACUCCAAACCGAUCAUCAGGAGUAUUAAAACUCGUGAUACAUCGAGAUACUGUUAUCGAUCGAACGAUCGAUGACGAAAAUAUUCUGAAAAAGAGAGUUUCUCGAAAUAGUCGGUUCGCGACGGAAGAAUUCGCGAGGAGGAGAGUAUCGUACGGCGGGAAAGUGAUUGGAAGAGGAAGAAGAAGAAGAAAGGGAAGAUUCGAUCGAGGGUUCGAUCGAGGAAAGUAUAGUUAAAAGAAUUACGACGAUUACUAUUACUACUAUUGUUACUACAACAACAAAAAAAAAGAAAACGACAGAGAGAGAGAGAGAAAAGGGAGACGACAAAAAAAAUAGUAAAAGAAGAAGAAGAAGACAAGAAAAGAUUGAACAACAGCUUUUUCAAAAUGAGAUUGGAAAUAGUCUCGGCGGCUGAUUUUUUGGUGCACCUGCUGCGCCUACAGGCUGGACAACUCUCAGAGCGGCAGCUCGAGAUGUUCAAGUCGUCGUUGACGGAGGUGUUGCGACAUCGUUACAGGGACCAUUGGUUUCCCGAUCGUCCAAAUCGUGGUUCAGGGUAUCGUUGUAUACGUAUCAACGGUAAAAUGGAUCCAGUAAUAGCUCAGGCUGGAGCUAACGUUGGAUUAUUGCCUGCGGUAUUGCACAGCCUAUUCCCGAGCGAGCUGACGAUGUGGAUCGAUCCGUCGGAGGUUUCCUAUAGGAUUGGUGAAAACGGUUCCAUAUGCGUUCUAUACGAACGUACCGAGCCUGAUCCCGAGGAAUCUGCUACUUCUCAUCAACAUCAACAUCAGCAACACCACCAACAUCAUCAUCAUCAACAACAACAACAACAACAACAACAUCAACAGCAGCAACAUCAACACCAUCAACAACAACAACACCAUCAACAACAACAACAACAACAACAUCAGCAUCAACACCAACAUCAACAACAUCAGCAUUCCCGUUCUCAUCAUCAUCACCAUCACCAUCAUCAUCACCAUCAACAACACCAACAACAUCAACAGCAACAACAGCAACAACAAUUCGAAAGCUGCAAGGACUCCCUUUUGCUCGAGCACACGCAAUUCAGCGAGCAAAUUGCGGCUUUCGUUUCCAGUUGAAGAGUUUAAUUAAGGAAGAAGGAAAGAAGGAAUGAGGAGGUAGGAAGAGGAGAAGAAAGGAGGAGGAAGAAAAAAGAAGAAGAAGAUAAAGAUGAUGAUGAUGAUGAAUAAUAACUGUAGGAGGAAGGAUAUAUUGAAGAAAUAAAAAUGGAAAAAAAAAGAAAGAAAGAAAGAAAGAAAACGUUGCGAGUAAAGCAUCUCUCGUUUCGUUUUCGCGUCUCUCAUCACCUCCAUCGUCCUUACCGUCGUCGUCGUCGUCAACGUCGUCGUCCUAGUAGUUACUCGUUGUCAUCGUUUUUUCGUCGUUCUCAUCAAUCUCAUCAUGGACAGACGCCCACCCAACAACGUGUGUCUUUUUUUCAAAGAAACUGCUAUAUAUAUAUAUGUGUAUGUAAAUAUAUAUAUAUAUAUAUAUAAAAUUUGUUCUCGUUUUCUGUUUUUUCUUUCUUUUUUUUUUUGAUUUUCUUCUUUUUUUCGUAUCGACGAAGACCCAACGAAGAGUUCCAUUCUCCUCAGCCAGCAAUUAUCAUCUAUUAGCAUCUUUGUCCUAUUACUACUGUAUCCCCAAAAACCGAUCUCAGCGAAGUUUCACGAACUUUAUAUAAUCUGUCUUCAAAUACUUGCGAGUAACGGAUACAAUGGAGGAAGAAUAUAUAUAUAUAUAUAUAUAUAUAUAUAUAUAUAUAUAAGGAAGAAGAGGAAGGACAACAACAAUAACAACAACAACGCAAUGGAUGGAAUGAAAGAAAAGAAGAAAAAAAAAAGAAAUCGGAAGUAUAACAGCUGAGAAGCGUGAAACUGAUCGAUGAAAAAGAAAAUAAUAGUGGAAGAAGAAAAAGAAGAAGAAGAAGAAGGAAAAAAGGAAGAAGAAAUGAAAUGGGUUAAAAAAAUAUAUAUAUACAUACAUACAAUAUACUCGAACGAAAAAUAGUCAGAAUUAAAUUAACGAGAACAACAACAACAACAAUAAUAAUAAUAAUAAUAAUAAAAUAAUCACAACAACAAUAACAAUAAAAAUCAUACAAACAUAUAAACAAACAAACAAACCGCACGUCUAGUCGAAACACGCCUACCAACAACAACAACAACAACAAUAACAGAAAUACCAACAAUCUCGCAGAGAAAAAAAAAUUCGAAUUUCCUUCGAAAUUCGAAAGGAACUUAAAAAAUAUGUUGCCACUUUAUUUCGCGAUAUCGUAUGUCGAAAGGGGAGAAGAUUUUCGAAGAAGAAGAAGAUGAAGAUGAAGAUGAAGAUGAAGAUGAAGAUGAAGAGGAAGAAGAAGAAGAAGAAAAAAAAGAAGACUAUGAUGAAGGAACAGGAAAGAGAAGAAUGAAAGAAGAGAGAGAAAGGAGAGGAGAGGGACACAUAUCCAGUUUCUUGCAAAUAGCAGCAGCAUCACCCUCUCUCUCUCUCUCAUUCUCUCUUUCUCUCUCUCUCUCUUUCUCUCUCUCUCUCUCUCUAUCUCUCUUUCUUUCUUUCUCUCCAUCUUUCAAACCGGACGAAUUGAUCUCAGCCUCGUCUCUAGAGGAGAGGUGCACCGAGACGAAGGAACAACGAAUUUCAACCUCCUGUUACAUCCCUCUCUUUUAUUAUUAUUAUUAUUUUUUUUUAUUUUUUAUUUUUUUUUUCAAGACGAGCAGCCUCAACUUCUGAAACCCUAAAUCCCUCCUUUUGUAUGAUCUCUCUCAUAUAAGGAUAGAAAGAGUAACGGAGAAGAAGAAAAAAGAAAGAAAAGAUUCCAUCUCUCUCUUUCCUCUGUAUCUCUAUUUCUAUCUAUCUCUAUCUAUCUAACUCUCCUCAUCUCUCUCUUUCUCUUUCUCUUUAUUUCUCUCUCUAUUUCUAUUUCUCUAUCUAUCUAUCUGUCUCUCUCUCUCUCUCUCUCUCUCUCUUUAUUACUCGCUGGUUACAACUUUGACCGCCAAUUAUAUCCCUUUGGCCUCUUCUCACUAAACUCUUGAUACUAAACCAGCAGUAUUUGAUUAUCGACUAUGUUGCUGUUACUUAUUAUUCUAUCCUUUCAACAACUACUACUACAACAAUAAUAAUGAUCAUCGUCAUCAUUAUCAUCAUCAUCAUCAUUAUCAUUAUUAAAAAGAAAGAAAAGACGAAGAAGAAGAAGAAGAAGAAGAUGCAGGAUAAUCUUUUUUCUUUUUUCAUCGAGAAGGGAUAUAAAGGGAAACUUAUUAUCGAAGAUUAAUUAUCAUCCUCUCUCUCGAUAUAUUAGCAAGAUGCGUCCGUACAACAAGCGUGUCGUAUUAAACGAUAUACCAUCGAUGUGCCCCCUCGUCUCCACCCCUCAAUCAACCAUCGAUCAACCACUCAGAUACUCACCCCCAUAAGAGACACCUCUCUACGCUUGCUCCUCGUCCCUCUCGUUGCACAGCGAGCAACGAGUUAAUCAGCAACAACACAGCAACAAUUAUGAUGAUGAUGAUGAUGAUGAUGAUGAUGAUGAUGAUGAUGAUGAUGAUGAUGAUAACACCGAGCUGCGAUCGUCAAACUCGUUCGCGUCACGAAAAAAAAUAAUUUAUCCGACAAAUUAAACAUGCACACACACCCACUUACUCAUACGUAUAUGUAUAUAUAUAUAUAUGUAUAUGUAUGUAUGUAUGUAUAUGUAUGUACCUACGUAUGUACACUUUGCAUAAUUUUUUUGUUUUUACACAAACGCAUAUACCAACACACAUGACACACAGAUAUUUAUUAAAAAAAGAAAAAAAAAAGAAAAAAAAAGAAAUAUCAGAAGAAAUCAUAUUACAAUUCAGAUAGAUGGAUAUAUAUAUGUAUGUAUGUAUAUACAUAUACAUGUGUGUAUAUAUAUAUAUAUAUAUGUGUAUGUAUAUAUACAUAUAUGAGCCACGAAAAAGGAGAACAAUACAUAUAAAAAUGUAAGUUUAUUCAGAGAAAAUAACGGCGCGAAUUUUAAAUAUGUACAUAUGUAUAGGCGUUAUGUAUGUAGAAAAAUCACGCGUGUACAAUAAUAUUAAUAAUAGUAAUAGUAAUAGUAAUAAUAAUAAUAGUAAUAAUAAUAAUAAUAUUAAUAAUAGUACGCGCAUUUACAGUCGAAUUGUAUAUUGUCUUGUUUUUCUUUCUUUCUUUCUUUCUUUCUUUCUUUCUUUCUUUUUUUUGCUUUUUCAAUAAUCUUCGUGUUAUAGUAAUAUUUGUAUUUUAUUAUAUCUUUUGAAUUGCUUUACGAGAAAGAGAGAUAAAUAGACAGAGACAGAAAAAGAAAGAGUGAGUGUGAAAGAGAGAGAGAGAGAGAGAGAGAGAGAGAAAUUGGUUAGUGAUCGUGAAAGGAAAAGAAGAAGGGUGCCUGUAAGGUCGUAAGGGUGGAAGGGUGAAGUUAUUAAAAAAGAAAGAGGGACAGAGAGAGAGAGAGAGAGAGAGAGAGAGAGAAGGGUGAAAAGGGACGAUGCAAAUGAAACCUGUGAUUUUUUUUAUUUUUUCUUUUUUUUUCACGCGCGAAGGGUUAAGGGGUAGUAUUUUUAAUUUUCCCUUUGCUUCUUCUGCUUCUUAAAAAAAAAAAAAAAAAAAAAAAUUCUUUUUUUUUCUCCUGUUCACUGUAUUCGUUCGAGCGUUACUAUUUUUCUGGUAUUCUUUCACGGAUGUUUAAAAGAUAAGAAAAAAAAGAGGGAACGUGUGCGAUACGUGGGAAAAGUGUAUUUCGUAUGACUGUGUGUGUGUGUGUGUGUGUGUGUGUGUGUGUGUGUGUGUGUGUGUGUGUGUGUGUGUGAACGUGGAAAUAUUCGAUCGUUUCGUCGUUAUCACGAGAAUAUUUCUGUAUAUACACAUAUAUAUAUUUUUUUUGUUGACACAGCACACGCAAACAAACAAACAAAUAUGCAACUCUCUCUUAUAGUGACAAUAGCUGUUCUAUUGACCGAUUAAUUUUUUUUUUUUAAAUAUAUUUCGAUAUAUAUUUGUAGUUUCACAAAAAAAAAUAGUAUGUGUGUGCGUGCGUAUGUGUGUAUGAGUAUAUAAAAAAAAUACAAGAAUGUAUUAUUAACAUUUAACGGUGAUAAUUUUUUUUAGAAAGGAAUAGAAAAAAAAAUGAAAAGUUUCGUCAUACUUGCCAAAGAAUUAGUCAGAAAACAUAGACUGAUAUUAUAUAUGUAUAUAUAUAAUGUUAGUUCGAAUAAUUUCAAGGUCGUGAUGAAAUAAGUCGGUCGUUCUUAAAAAAAAAAAAAGACCAUAUUUUUUUUCCGUAUUAUAUUAAUCAUCCGUAAUUGACGUUAUGUGAGUAAGAAAUUUGUAGAAUUCAUUCGGGAAGAAGAAGAAAAAUAUAUAUAUAUAAAAUUCUGAUUCAGUUUAAUCUAUUUUUAAUGUCAAUAAAUAAUAUUCUCCGCGAUUACGAUGGAAUUAAAAAGUGGAUAUCUCUGUGUGUUUGUGAACGUGAGCUCUUAUGUGUGUACGUGUGCGUGCGUGUGUAUGUGUGUGUGUUUGAAAGUAGAUAAAAUAGAAAGAAAGAAUAGCAGCUGUUGUCUGACGAAUUACCGUAAAGUCAAUUCGUUUCGUGACGUAUCAUAAACCCUUACUAUGCACGAAUAUUCAGUACGAAUGUGUGUAUGUGUGUAUGUGUGUAUGCAUCUGUACGUGUGAAUAUAUCGAACGAAUGAUAAGUUUAAACUCUGUGUAUGUGUAAGUGUGUGUGUAUUUGUCCAGGUAAUUAACUGUAAAGAUACAUAAUUAGUGGAAUGUGAACGAUUAAUGGGGUGACGAAAAAAGAAAAGAAAUGAAAAGAAAAAAAAAGAAAUAAAAGGAAAUAUGAUGCAAUUACGAAAAUAUGCAAUAGUAUAUAUAUAUAUAUAUAUUUUUUUUUUUUUGGUUAUGUGACGAUGUAUAAAGAAAGAAAUGUAACAGAAAUAUAUAUAUAUAUAUGUAUAUGUAUAUGUAUAUAAUAAUUUUAAACAAAGAAAAAAAGCGAGAGAAAGAAAAUGACAAAAGUUUUUAGGGACAAAGUAUGUUAUAAGGACGUUUAUUCGCGUUCAACCCUUAAGGGAACGAUAAGAAGAAGAGGGCUCCGUUUUCGUAGUGAUUAUAUAGUAACGUGUCUGUGAUUAAUACUAAGAAUAAAAAAAAAGAGAGAGAGAGAGACAAUAUAAGCAAUCUCCAUAAAUGUAAAACGACCUAAAAAAAAAAAAUAAUUAUUACAAAAGAAAAAAUGAAAUAAAAAAGAAAAAAAAUGAAAAAAAAAUAAAGAGAGAAAAGGGCCAAUCGAUCUUUUAGCGCAUAUUGUUGAUAAAUAAUCGAUAUAUAAAAUCUAACACAAAUGAAUCAAUAAUAUAUAUUAUUCGUACAUAUAUAUAUAUAUAUAUAUAUAUAUAUAUAUAUAUAUAUAUGUUUCUAUCUAUGUCUAACAAUUUUCAAAUGAGUUUAUAUACAUGCAUUGAAGAUUAGAAGCAAGAGAGAGAGAGAGAGAGAGAGAGGGACAGAGACAGAGACAGAGAAUAGUACCUUCAGCAUUGUGAUUCAAUUUGUGAUACAUUUUUUUCCUUUUUUUAUUAUUAUUACUAUUAUUACUACUACUACUACACUACUACUACUACUACUACUACUACUAUUACUACUACUACUACUACUACUACUACUAUUAUUAUUAUUAUUAUUAUUAUUAUUGUUACUACUAUUAUUAUCUUUAUUAUUAUUAUAAUCAGUAAUAUUUUUUUUUCGUUAUAAAUCAGUUUUUAAGUACUUAUAUCUAUCUACCCGUUUAUCUAUAAUAUAUAUAUAUAUAUAUAUAAAUAUAUAUAUAUAUACAUAACAUAUAUACAUGUCUAUAUACUCUUCUAUUUAGAAACCCAUUUUUCAUUAGUUCUUUGUCGCUUAUUCUCUUUCUGUCUCUUUUCAUAUUUCAAUGAAAAAUAAAUAAAUUGUUAGACAUUCGUAUAAUCCGAAAAUUAUAAUUAUAUGUGCUCAAAGGAAGGUGGGAUAAAUAAGGAUGAACAAAAUGAGAAAGAAAUAAAUAAAUUAAUAAAGAAAUAAAUAAAAUUGUAAAAGAUAUAAAACCGUACAAAUUUUGACGAGAUCGAGUUUCGGCGAAGCGUAUCCCGAAUCUUCGUUUUCGCGUGCGAGAGGGUGAAUGCGAGGAAGCGGCGAAUUAAAUAAAAUUAAUAAAUCGAUUAAUUAUUAAUUAAUUGAUUGAUUGAAUGAUUGAUUGAUUGAUUGAUUGAUUGAUUGAUUGAUUAAGAAAUUAAAAGAAAAAGAGAAUGGAUAGAUAUACAUAUAUAUUUAUAUAAGGUGGUGCCAAAAAAAGAAAAAAGAUUGACAGGGAGAGAGAGAAAGGGAGAAGGGAAAAUAUCUAGAAGAAAGAGAGAGAGAGAGAGAGAGAUAAUCAUAGAGAAAAGUAAAAAAAAAACAAAACGAAAUAAUUUAAUAAUAUUCCAUCUGGUACGAAAAUGAGAUCACUUUAUUAGAUUAUUAUGUAUAAUCCGUAUUUUUUUUUUUUUUCUUUUUCUUUUUAUAUUCUUUAAUUUUUCCGUCAAAUAUCCGCGUUUCGAAAUAUAAUUAUAACUCGAAAAUGUUCCUUUCUGUCGUUCUGGCCCGUUAAAAAAAAAUAACAAGAAAUAUGAGAAGAGGAGGAGGACGAGAAAGAAAAAUGGUCAUUUUUUUUUUUUUUUUUAAAUAUGCGCAUCAUUCACACGUUGACAAAAUACACAACGCAUCUCUAAGAGAGAAAGAGAGAGAGAGAGAGAGAGAGGGGAAAAUAAAGAAAAAGAAACCAAAUAUCUUCGGAAUUAACGAUUAAUGAACGUAAUGAGAAAGAAUUAGAGGAAUGUUGUGUCGUUGUUGCUAAUUGUGUAAAAGUGAGUUUAAAAGGAAGAAAGAAAGAUAAAAAGAGAGAAAGAGAGAGAUUCAAGGAGGUUUAAAAUGUGUAUGCGUGAGAAUGAAAGAUGAAAGUGAACCAUACGAAUGAAUUGUAAUUACUAUAUAUAUAUAUACAUAUAUACUCAUAUUAUGCAUACAUACUUAUAUAUAUAUGUGUGUGUGUGUAUAUAUAUAUAUACACACAUGUCAUCAUUAUCUUAUAAGAUUUAAUCAAUCAUAUUCAUCAAUUGUCUAUUUGUAGAUAUUGAAUACAAGUAUUAAAGAGUUUGAGUUUUAUAAUAUUUCUUAUUGAUUAUUUUUUAAUUCGAUAUGUAUAAAUGAAAACUAAUAGUAUUUGUAGUUAAUCGAAUCGAUCCUUUAUUCUUUAUUCUUUUUUUUAUCUGAAGUGAAAUUAUCUUUUACACACAAUUUUUGAAGAAAAUUAUAGUUUUGAGAAGAAAAGAAAGAUACGAAAGAAAAAGAGAGAGAGAGAGAGAGAUUUUUGUCAUAUUUCAAUAUCAGAUAGUGAUCUCAACAGAUAUAUGAAUGUAUGUAUGUAUGUAUGUACGUAUGUAUGUAUGUACAUCUAUAUGAACUAUAUAUAGAGCGAGAAAGAAAGAGAGAAAGAAAGAGAGAGAGAGAAAGAGUCGUCUCCUUCAGGAAGAAUUUGUACAAACCCGCUGGAGAAAUACGGCGCCAGCAAGUCUGUGAUUUUAGCUUGGUUAAUUCAGUAUUUUUUUAAAUAAAACGAGACAAAAUCAAGAUAAGCGAUAUAAAAAAGAGAAAAAAAGAAAAAAGAGAAAAAAAAGAAGACGAUAGAUUCGAAUUGCGAGUGAAAGAGAGAGAGAGAGAGAGAGAGAGAAAGAUAAUAACAUCAAGAGAUGAUGAGAGAGAGAGAGAGAGAAAGUUUGUGAAAUUGAUUGGAGCAUGUAAAGUAUAUACGUAUGUGUACGUAUGAUAUGUGUAUCUGUUUGUGUGUGCGUGCGUGCGUGUGCAGUGCAUGUACAUGUGAUAUGCUGCUAUUGAAUGUGAAGAAUAUAUAUAUAUAUAUAUAUAUAUAUAUAUAUAUAUAUAUAUAUAUCAGAGUGAUAAAAAUGUUGUAUCGUAAAAAGGAAAAACCAGAAAAUCGAAAACACGUUUAAAUGAUAAUAGAAAGAAAGAAAAAGAGAGAUAGAAGAAAUCAGCCCACGAAUGAAAGAAAAAAAAAAGAAAGAAAGAGAAAAAAUAAAGAAAAAGAAAAUUGAAAGAAGCAUGACUUUCUUUUCACAUUCUUUUUUCUUUUUCUUUCUUUUUUUUUUUUUUUUUUUGAUCUCUCAACGUUCGUGCGAUUAUUCGAUGAUUAAUAAUAAUUAUACACACAUAUUACACACACAUACACACUAUACGUACGUAAUAAAAUUUGUAUUUUGUGCUAAAAGAAGAAAAACGUGAGUCCGAGAUAUCCCGUUAAAAUUUUUAACGCCAUUAAAAAUGGGAUAACAGUUAAACAGAAAUACUUUGGUCACGUAAAUUCGUGGAAAUCCGUUUUGAGUCAUAAUGCCGAGCAACAAUAACGUCGAUAUCGACGAGCGUUUUUAUUUCAAUAUUUAUCGAUUGUUCUCUCUCCUUUUUUGUUUUUUGUUCUUUCUUUUUUCUUCUUUUUUUUUCUGUACACAAAGUUUAAUGGUCGUCGAGAUUAUCGUUAAAAAUUGUUCGUCUCAUUUAGAAAUAACAUAUAUCAAUGACGAAUUUGUUCUCUCCACUUGUAAAAUUUAGCAAGGAUAAUAUUUGUGAAAUAAUCCGUAUUUAUAUAUAUAUACAUAUGUAUAUAUAUAUAUAUAUAUCAUUUUCGUGAAUUUUUUUUUUCUUUUCUUCGCGAAAGAACGUCAGUCAUUUUUCUUUUUAUUUUCUUUUUUUCUUUCUUUUUAUUAUUAUUUAUUUCGUUUUGUUUCGAUUAAAGGAGGCUGAGAUGUUGUAAAAUUAAAAACGUGAAUAAUUGGCUGAGAAAGAAAGAGAUAGAUGAGACGAUAGAGUUGUGAUGAGAGAGAGAGAGAGAGAAAGAGAAUGUGUGAGUGAGAGAGAAAGCGUGUAGGGGCCUGACAGGGGUGCUCAACUCGGAUGUUACAGGGCCACGGGUCCUAUUGAUAAUAAUAAUAAUUAUAAUAAUAAUAAUAAUAACAGUAAUAAUAAUGAUAAUAGUAAUAAAUAACAAAUAAUAUAAUGUAAUAAUUGUAAACUAAUUGUGAUGACGAAUUGUACUGAUUAUUAAGAUAAUUAAUGAAGAAAGAUAAAAAGGAUAUAAACUCAAUAAUUUUUAAGCCGAUCGUAUUAACAGAUUUCUAUGAAAUUUAUGCGAACGACGUUAUCGACGAGAAUAAAUAUAAAUUAAUAAAUAAAUAUAUAAAUAAAUAUAAAUAAAUAAAUAAAUAAAUAAACAAACAAAGACAAUGACCCGAAGCCGAAAUGUGAUCCGAAUUCGGUGGUCCUGUCGGCCGUAUGCACAAGCAAAAUUAAUUUUCAUUCAUUUAUAUAUACACAUAUAUACAUAUGUGUGUGUUUGUGUAUAUAUAUAUAUAUACAUAUAUAUAUAUAUAUACACACACGUACAAACGUAUACAUAUAUUAAUUUGCAAGCGAUAUAUAUUAGCAUUUGUUAGUCGAUUCGAGAUAAAUUAAUUCUCUAAUGAAGAAGGAAUAAAACAAGCAAAAUAUUGUAAUUCAUUUUACAAAGGUCUUUGUAAUAGAGGGAUUUUGUGCGAAAUGUAUGAGAACGCAUAUACCUACAUACACACGCAGAAAGAAAAAAAGAGACAGAGUGAGAGAGAGACACAAAUAUAUACUUACUCAUAAUAUACACAGCGAAAGAAUGAGAGUGAGAGAGAGAGAGAGAGAGAGAGUGAGA